AUGUCUCCCCCUCAGCACCUGCACAGCUCCUUGUUGCGAGCCGUCCGGGCGUACAAGAGAGAGACCGACUACUUUCUCGAGUGGCUCUGGUGUCAGUGUCGCAUCAUUGAUCCCGGUCGUACAACCGGGAUUUCCUUCACGUCAUGCGCAGAGAUUCUCAACGCGGUGAAGGCUAUCGCCAAGGCCGAAGUUGCUGUCCCUCUUUCGGUCAUUGAUGCUUUGGAAAAGGCCAUCGAUAAGCGGCGCAUCGCGCUCGCGAUUCACCAGCAAAAGCAAGCUGAUGACAUCGAGCACGAAGCAUUCCUCGAGAAACUCGAAACCGCUUUGGAAAUCUUAACCCCUAUGGAGGCUGAGUCCGCCGUAUUUGACGAUCCCAGAGUCCAACAAAAUGUUCCUUCGUCACUGAACCGAUACGCGUCUCUGUCCAACCCUGUGAUGGAUCCCGAAACGGAUGCUCCCGUCUCCAAUAUCUGCGAGAAGAUGGCGUCCGCGGCACUCGAAGAGAGUGUUCCCAAAGCCACAGCCCCUGAGUCCCGCAGCGAGUUCCUUGUGGAUGACGACUUUCUGCAAAAGUUCCUCGGCGUACGGUUUGAGGACGUCGAGUAUCUGAAGGUAAGGUUGGUAUUCAACAUGGUCUCUUCUAUUACUGACCAUUGUAAGGAAUACGUCGCUAUGAGAUGGACGCUUGACGAGUAA